GACAUGACUCUCGUUGCAAGGGAAGUCGAGGAGGUCGAGAUGGGUUCAGAUCAUGGCAAUGCGGCCACCCAGCCACCCGUGGAAAAGAUCACCCCGAUGGAGAUCGAAGACGCUGCAGUUGUGACGGAGGAUACCGUCCAGAAAUACUCUAAUGAUGACGACGAGGCCAUGAAGGCAUUUGCCAGAUACCAAGGCCCCCCGUUGGUUUUGGAUGAAGCAACCAACAAGCGAUUGCUUCGAACGAUUGACUGGCAUCUCAUGCCCGUUCUAUGUCUUGUAUUCGGGCUCAAUUACCUGGACAAAACCACCCUUUCGUAUGCCAGCGUCAUGGGAAUCAAGGAGGACAUCCAUCUGGUUAAAGAUAAUUACCAAUGGCUAGGAUCAAUUUUUUACUUGGGCUUUUUAAUUUGGGAGUAUCCUACGAAUCGCCUUCUCCAGGUUCUGCCACUUGCCAAGUACUCUGCGUUUUGUGUUACUGCAUGGGGAGGAGUUCUCGCGCUCUCUGCUACCCUGACCAACUUCUCGGGAGGCAUGGCUAUCAGGUUUUUCCUGGGGAUGUUUGAAGCUGCCAGCAUGCCCGGGUUUGCUCUCUUGUCAUCACAAUGGUAUACAGUCAAGGAACACAACUCCCGUACCGGUAUUUGGAUCAGUUCCAAUGGAUGGGGACAGAUUGUAGGCGGGCUGGUUGCGUAUGGCAUCUCGAGAAGUGUCAGUGAGCAGGGAGCUGCUCUCGCAGGAUGGAAGAUCAUCUUCAUUGCAAUUGGCUGUUUUACGACCCUAGUCGGGCUUCUAUUCUUUUACGUCAUCCCAGACAAUCAACUAAAUUGCCGAUGGCUAAACGAAAGGGACCGCCUAUUGGCACUCGAAAGAGUCCGUGAGAACGAGCAGGGCAUUGGUAAUACGAAAUUUAAAUGGUACCAAUUUCGCGAGGCCCUGCUAGAUCCUCUGAACUGGGCUCUGUUCGCGUACGGCGUGCUUUCGGAUAUUCCCAAUGGUGGAAUAACCAACUUUUUCAGUCAGUUGAUCGAAAACUUUGGGUACAGUGCACAAGAGAGUCUGCUCUAUGGCACACCCGGCGGUGCUGUGGUGAUUGUUGCCUGUGUAUCGAAUGGGUUGGCUGGCGACUACUUCCAACAGCGGACGCUUGUGGCGUGCCUGCCCAUGCUGUGUGCAAGUAUCGGAAUGCUUCUGAUUAUUGCCUUGCCAAUUUCGAACGAUACUGGCCGUUUGGUUGGGUAUUACAUGACACAGGCGCUUCCAGCGACAGGUGCCACAGUUUUGUCUCUUAUCUCGAGCAAUAUUGCAGGAUACACGAAGAAGACCACAGUCGCAGCUCUCUAUCUGAUUGGGUAUUGCACCGGUAAUAUCAUCGGACCGCAGACAUUCCGGCCUUCAGAUGCGCCUCGCUACGUCUCCGCCGAGGUCACGAUUCUCGUGUGCUUUGGUCUGUGUAUUGUCGAUCUUUUGUUUAUCAACUGGUGGUGUCGACGCGAGAACAGGCGCAAGGCAGUUAUUAGGGCUAGACCUGAUUAUGUGCGUCUGGAAAACCAAGGCUGGCGUGAUUUGACGGAUCGAGAAAACCCCGAGUUUGUCUAUUCUCUGUAA